AUGAGUGAUUUAAUUUCACAAGUUGAUAGUCAUGUUUCACAUGAUUCUCCAGAUGUGUGUGUAUUAUCAACUGUUCCAAUACUUUCCUGUACAUUGGCUGAUUCAACUGAAACAACGUCAGAAACUACUGAUAGUAUUCCAAAAACAAUACGAAAUAAAUUUUAUGUAAAUAUAAAAACUUAUGAAUCAAAGUGGUCGGGUCAAUGUAUAUUAUGUAAUAAAAUUCAAUAUGAUAGUAAAGAUGUAACAUCCAACUUCAAUCGACAUGUAAAAACCCAACAUAAACAAGAAUAUCGAGAAUGGUUUGCUCAGUUAAAUCAAUCUAUUAACAAAGACCAGAAAAAAAUAUCUGACGUAUUUAUUAAAGAUAAUGAAACAACACUGUAA